UGCCCAUUUGUGUCAGCUUGUAAACAGCACGUUGGGUAACCUAAGCAUUUAAAAGGACUGUUGACAUUACAAAUAAACGGCCAGGAAUUAGAUAUCCUAACGUGUUACUUAAAGCCGCGUGAUAAUGGGUGCUUGCAGAGGUAGUUGUCAUGGUUUUAGCCAGAAUAACUUUAUUUAGAUAAAACAAUUUGGGGUAGGAAGAAAUGUGUUGUAAGAGCAGCGAAGUAGGGGAGUGCUUUAUUUCCGUUCAUGACACAAAAAAGAAACGUUUGAAGGACACCAAAUCCCCAGUAGGUUGACGCACAGAACAUAAAAUCCCCCUGGACAUUUAUAAACUGAGGUCACGUCGUUUCUUGAUAUUUUUUUUAUAGAUAUAAAAUGCAUCUUUUUAAAACGGAACAAAUCUGCAGCACGUUCACUGGCGGCACUAAAGAGUGUGACACAGCGGAAGUAAACAUUCACGAGCAGCGUAUUUAAACCGGUUUGAACGCAGUCGCUUGAAGACGACGGGAUUUUGAUUUCAGCGUGGUUGUCGAAAAAAAAUGUCUUCAGUCGAGUGUUUGAGGGAGUUUGUCAACGAGCGGCUGAGUGCUGCUGCUGAAGAAAUAUUCGGAGUUUUUACAAAAACUAUCAUCGAGUAUGAAGAAGAGAUUCAUCGUCAACGCAGGUUGCUGGAUAUGGUCUGGAAACCUCAUGUUAAGUUACACAAAAUAGAGCCAUCACAGCAACAUGACUACAAGCAGGAGGGGGUGUUCUCUGACCAGCAGCCCUGUACCCAGGAGAGGAACUCAAGUCUGGACCAUCAGGACCCAGAACCUCCACAGAUUAAAAAGGAACGGGAGGAACUCUGGACCAUCGAGCUCCCAUUACGACACGUCUCUGAGGAGGACUUUCUCGCCGACCAGCAGCUCUGUAACUUGGAGAGCGACUCCAAUCUGUAUGAAGAAGACCUGGAACCUCUACAGACUGUGGAGGAAGAGGAGGUACUUUGUACCAAUCAGGGGGGAGAGCAGCUUGAUCUGAAGCUGGACAGUGAACACUUGGAGUCAUUUUGUGAGAGAACUGACCGCAUUGAACUGGAAAUAAUUAACCCCCACAACUCUGAUGUGGCUGAGAACCAAGCUCCCAAAAGAAAGAAGCGUGGCAAGAUAGGGUCAAUUAGAACAUUAAAAGCAAAAGAAAAAAGCAAGAGGGACAGAGGAGGUAGUCGCAGCAGUGAAAUAUCUGUAAAUAACUAUAAUCCUCUCACAGGGGAACCCUCCUUUAAAUGUGAUACAUGUGGGGAAACUUUCAGGUUUAAGUCUGGGUUAAAAACACAUCUGCGUAUUCAUGAAGGUAAAGACACGUUUAAAUGCAACUUUUGCAGGAGAGUAUUUAGUUGCAGCUCACUGCUGAAACGUCACACAAGGACCCACACAGGUGAAAAGCCACUGUCUUGCAAAACGUGUGGAAAAGCUUUUAGGUGGCAUGAAAAAUUGAAAGCCCACAUGGCAACCCACACAGGUGUAUCGCCACACUCCUGUAGCAUAUGUGGGAAAGGAUUCAUUAAAAUGUCAUACUUGAAGGAUCACAUAAGAAUUCACACAGGUGAGAAGCCGUUCAUUUGCAAGGUAUGUGGCAAAUCUUACAGACUCAGUUCUAGCUUGAAAAACCACAUGAGGGCACACACAGGGGAUAAGCCACACUCUUGCAGCAUCUGUGGGAAAAGAUUCGCCUGGGAGUCAGAAUUGACAUGUCACUUCAGAACUCAUACAGGUGAAAAGCCAUUCCGCUGUACAGCAUGCGGCAGAUGUUUCACGGCUGUUAGUAACUUGAUAGCCCAUGUGAAAGGAGUCCACACUGGUGAGAUGCCACAUAUUUGCACUAUCUGUGGGAAACGAUUUGUUUACGCCUCUCAGAUGAAAACACAUAUGAGGGCCAAGCAUGCUGGCACUUAGACUUGGAUGUUAAACAGGGUUCAAAAUGAAGGAUACAAUGAAGUCUGAUACGUUUGAUUUCUUAGUUUCCCUUUUCUAAUUAAACUCUGUUGGCUUAAUGUCAAAAGUCAUGCUGUUUGAAGUUUGUUUUUUACAUGAAUAUUUAAUUUAGGAAUUACAUCUGUAUUUUUUGGCUUCUGUACCCUCUGAGUUUUACAAUUUUGAAACUGAAAGUCCACAGCUGGAUUGUGAAAAAACGUUUUUUGUUUGUUUCUGCUUGUCUUCACCUAGCCACUCCAGCUAAAUGUAUCUUUUUUCAGAACUCUCAAAAAUAAAACCAUUAAAUUCUGCUACAAUAA